AUCAGCUUCUAUUUAUUUUGUUUCAUUAAACAAAUUUUGCUUGAACAUUUCUGCCAACAACUCGAAUUACACCACACCAACAACAACAACAACAUCAUCGAAUACAACAACACGUACAACAACACACAACAAUACCAGUCGACAACACAUGCCACCUCCAGCGGCCAUGAUGAGCUGGGCAAUUUGCUCUGGCAACAGGAAGCAGCCGAAUUUGUUGAACAAUUCCCCACAGAUUCACUGCAGCAAAGACGCAGCUGUCCCGUGCCACCCCUGAGGACAUGUGCAUCCCACGCCCAUUCCACACUGAGUAAGCGGAAUGCCGAUCUAUUUAGCGGAGAUUUGGGCAUACCAGAGAUCAACACACAUGUGGGCAGUGUGGUACACACCUUUGAGACAUUGGCCCUGCAACGGCGCCUGGCCGAGGCGGAACAGGAUCGUGAGUUGAGUAAGUACGACCCAGCAAGCAUAGCGAACCAAAGCAUAGGCACCAGUCAAAGCAAAUACAAUCAGCUGAAACGCAAAUCGCAGGAGAUGCGUCAGCGUCUAAUGCAGCAAAUGCACCGGCAAAAGCUGCAACAGCAACAACAACAGCUCCAGGCACGUAACCGGGCACAAUCACAGCCGCACAGUAAACUAACAAACAGCUGCAGCACCCAAACAUUCAAAUCCCUGGCCAUGCCGCGUCUGGCGCGUUCCACCGAGCAGUUGCCCGCGUCCCAUUUCGAGGAUUAUCGCAAGAAUCUCUUCGGGGGCACUUUAACGCGUCGCUGCAGCGAGGAGGAACUGCAGGAUGAGAGUUUCAUUGUGAAUGCCGCCUUCGAUGAGAUAUUCUCAAGGUAUGACGAUGACGAUGAGGGUAACUCAUCGCUGGAUCAGCCAACGAAUACCCUCACCAAUACCGAUGAUCUCUUCGAGGAUGAGCACAUGCUGGUCAGUCUGAGUGAACUCGAUGAUGAUGUAUUCGCUACCAAAUCGCACACAGCUUCCACAACGCCAACAACAAUGGCGGCAGGACGAACGCCCAAGCAUAGUACACCGCAAUUGAAUCUAAACAAAUAUCCAGCACCGGCACCGCCACGUUCACGCACUCUGACCAAUCUCUUCGAGCGUUUGAAGCCGGAGCAUAAGUUGCAAAAAUAUCCCGCCGAGCAGCAGCUUAAUCAGGCCGAUUUCAAUCGGGGCUCAACCAUUAGUAAGUCAUUUGUGCAACAGCUAAAGCGACCCUCGCACAAACAAAAACGGGCACCAAAGCCACCACCAAAACCCCAACAAACACGUUCUCAUGUGGCCAUAGCCCAUGUGACACCAUUGCGCAAUGCUUUGAUCUUUCCCAAGCGCUCAAAGUCCUCCAAUGAACUGCCACUCGAUGAUCUCAAUGUCCAGGCACGUAAGUAUUAUCGCAAAUCGGAGCAAAGUGUGGCCUUGUAAAGGAUUAAAGCGAGGAGCAUCCGGCACCAGAUUUAUGCACCAUUAUAUCGAACCCUUCACCCAUUUUGCUGUUCUCCUAACUAACUUAAUGCCCAGAAUUAUCCAAUUUACUGAUUAAUUGUUAUUGUGUGUGUGUGUGUGCCUGUAUGUGUGUGUGUGUGUGUGUGUGUGCAGAAGCAACGCUUUUAUAGGCUAAGUGAAACCGAGUCCCUUCUCCCAUGAGUCCAACCAACCCCCGACCGACCCCUGACAACCCCACAAAUUGAAAACUGGCAAACAAAUGGAACGAGCCAAGUUAACCCGCCGCCAUAUAUCGGAAGACACUGAAACAGAGUGGCUCGAGAUGUAAACCCAAAGAGAAUUGAGCCAUACAUUAAUUGGGAUAGAAAGCAGCACUUACCAA